AUGAGAAAGUCCAGAGAGCACAGGAAGGCUGUAGAGCAAGAAGAGCAGCUGAAUGGGGCACAGAUAAGGUUCCAGAGGUUCACGAGGAGAUCCAAGCACACUGGUAGGUCUCAGGAGGAUGACUGGAAAGAGCAGAUAAAAAGUGACGCCCACGUCUUGAUGCAGCCAUACACCAAAAUGGAAGUCAGGACGUUACUUAUUUUCGAAGUUAGGUGGCUUAAAAGGUUUACAUAUAUAUGUCUGUACUUAAUCUGGACUCUGGUUCUGAUCGGUCGCUGCUGGGGAGAAAUGUUUACAUCUCUGCAGAAUGUGAAGCAGGCGAUCCGAUCUGAACGGAAACUGAUCGAUUACCUGAGGACUUAUAUCGAUCAGGAGUCAGAGAGACUGCAGGACGUCAGGCGUUUUUAUGCCAAAGUGUCGGACCUGCACACAGAACUGUACGAAGAGUCUGCAGCAGCAGUGGGGAACCCGUUGGUGGCCUUCACUCUUAUCAAACGUUUGCACUCAGAGUGGCUAAACGUGGUUUACAGCAACGAAGCUGAGAGGAACGCAGAAGCACUCAGGUCCGGUUAUGAGGAAGUGCAGGCUGACCUGCCCAGAGUGGAAGACCUGCGGGGGGCUGCGAGGGGGCUGAUGAGGCUGCAGGACGUCUACGCUCUCCAAGUUUCAGGUCUUUCCAGAGGAAGAUUCCAGAGAGUCACCAACGGGGAAGUGAUGAACGUCUGCCUUCCUGCCGUGUCUGUCCCGCUGUCCGGAGAUGACUGCUUCCUGGUUGGAAAGGUGGCGUACGAGCAGGAGGACUACUAUCACUCGGUGCCGUGGCUGCAGGAGUCGGUGCGUCUCUUCAGGGGAGCAGGAGGACGGUGGAACCCUGAGGAUGAAGGAACUUUGGAACUUGCUCUGGAUCAUCUGGCCUUCUCCCACUUUAAAACAGGAAACGUGUCCUCCGCGUUGAGCCUGUCUCACGAGUUACUGCAUCACGACCCGAUGAAUGGACGAGUUUUGCAAAAUGUGGAAAAGUACGAGAAGCUGCUGGUUGCUGCGAGUCCACCCAACGUUAACGGGUUGAAGAGACCUGCCUGCACGUAUUUAAGGACGCGUGAGACUUUUGAGAGACUCUGUCAGACCCAAGGCUCUCAGCCGACAUUUUUCAAAAACCCCAGUCUGUUCUGCGACUACUUCACCAACAACCACCCCGCUCUGCUGCUGCGGCCCGCGAGACGGGAGGUGCUGAACCUGCAUCCGUUUGUGGUCCUUUACCUGGACUUCGUCACGGACGCAGAGGCCGAGGACAUCAAGAGGCUCGCUAAGCCUGGUUUGAGGAGAUCUGUGGUGGCAGCUGGAGAGAAACAAGCAACAGCCGACUAUCGAAUCAGCAAGAGUGCGUGGCUGAAGGACUCAGCAGGAAGCAUCGUCGAGAAGCUAGACCAGCGGAUCUCGCUGAUUACUGGUCUGAACGUAAAGCAUCCGCACGGCGAGUACCUCCAGGUGGUGAAUUAUGGGAUUGGUGGCCACUAUGAACCUCAUUUUGAUCACGCUACAUCACUGUCCAGUCCUGUGUUCAAGCUGGAAACUGGGAAUCGUGUGGCAACCUUCAUGAUUUAUCUCAGCUCUGUUGAGGCAGGAGGAUCCACCGCUUUUAUUUACGCCAACUUCAGCGUUCCUGUCGUUGAGAAAGCUGCCAUCUUCUGGUGGAACCUCCACAGAAAUGGCCAGGGGGAUGAAGACACGCUGCAUGCUGGCUGCCCGGUGCUUGUUGGCGAUAAAUGGGUGGCAAACAAAUGGAUCCAUGAGUACGGCCAAGAGUUCCAGCAUCGCUGCAGCCUGAAUCCUGAAGAGUGACACGAGUCAAAGUGUGCGUCGGGCCUUGGGGAGGACCAGCCUCUUUUUAAAUUGCAGGCAGAAAUGAGGCGACAGCCUGAGACAAGGAAGGGGCUGUGAAUCCCAUGAAGGGGCUUCCAUAGCAUCUGGGAUUGGAAUCCAGAGUCCCAAGGAGCCAGGAGCAAGCAGGGAGGAGGAGGAGAGAGGAAGGCUGGAAAUCAGAG